GUGAUGGACACCCGCGCUCAACGUGCUCAUGCAGUACGGAUGCAUCCCGUGGUCAUAUUUUGAGGACGGCGCUCGUGUUCCUGAAAUGAACCGCCCGCAUGAGCUGCUAUUUGUACCGAGACCUCCAUCUGCCGUGGUCUUCAGCUCGAGAAUAUCCUCGUUUGUUCGGCGGGCCUGAUGCUCUCUCGGUUACAAACAGCUUCUCUCAUCGUUCUGGGCUGCACACUCGGACUCGUACUCGCUUCCAUGGUAUCCAAUUUGUGGGCAACUUCCCAUCAGGUUGUGGACCCAGCCUUUCAUACAGCACCGAGGUCGAUAUCAAGUCAUUGGAACAUAGGCCCUCUUCGACCUGUCGCGUUGUUUGUCGAAGACACGCUUCACUAUCAGCUCGAUACCGAAGAAGGGAUCCAGCAGUGGGCUCAACUCGUCCCAUCUGACGGUGGAAAGAUCUUCACUACUUCGGGAGAACAGCCGCAGACCAUUUCGAUGUUCCACCAGCUGCGCUGCCUCGACAUUAUUCGAGCAGCUAUCGUCAUUUCGCAUACACGCAUCGAGACAGGCGAGAGGCCGCGAGGGAAUGUUACAUACGGCCUGGUGAGGCAUUGCAUGAACUAUUUGCGCCAGAUGAUGUUAUGUCGUUCUGACCUGCAUUUAGAGAAUGUGCGAGACCCUGUCGGUCCACAUGCUGUGGAGAUGGCAGUCAUGCACGUAUGCGAGGAUUGGAGAGUGGUUUACGCCGCCGCAGACGCGAAGUAA